CUGCACCCGGCAGACGCAGACAGGGCAGCGAGCAGUAGACGCAUAGGGCGAGUGGUCAGCAGAGAUAAAUGGCGGCGGCGGCAGAGACACCCCUGAUUAGAGUCGCUGCAAUUUGCGGAUCUCUCCGAAAAGGCUCCUACAACCGCGGCCUUAUCCGUUCAGCAAUCGACAUAACCAAAGAGUCCAUACCCAGAAUGGAAAUCGAAUACGUUGACAUAUCGGCUCUCCCGAUGCUCAACACCGAUCUCGAAGUCGACGGGACUUAUCCUCCGGCCGUUGAAGCUUUCCGUAAGAAGAUUCUCGAAGCCGAUAGCUAUCUCUUCGCCUCGCCGGAGUACAAUUACUCCGUCACCGCACCUCUGAAGAAUGCGAUUGACUGGGCGUCUAGGUCACCGAAUGUUUGGGCUGAUAAAGCUGCUGCCAUUGUGAGUGCUGGAGGUGGUUUUGGAGGUGGACUUGCACAGUACCAUCUUCGCCGAAUCGGAGUCUUUCUUGAUCUUCACUUCAUCAACAAACCCGAGUUUGUCUUGAAUGCAUUCCAGCCUCCAUUGAAGUUUGAUAGUGAUGGUAACUUGAUUGAUGAAGCGGCUAAGGAGAAGCUACAGAAAGUGCUGCUAUCGUUACAGGCAUUUACUCUGCGCCUCCAAGGUGGUAAAGUGCUGAAGUAGUCCGUGUGCGACUGGAACUCUAUUGUUGUUGUUGUUGUUGUUGUUGUUGUUGUGUAUCAACUAUCAACAUGAUUUGCAUUGUAUUGGAAUAUUGGAUUGUAUUCAGACCUUAUUAUUACGUUUCAUGUUUAUUUCCGGCCCGUGAAUCUGAGAACCUACAGCCCGGCCCACUUAGUAGGGUCGGGCCUGACCUGACGGAUCACGCGGUCCGGCCUUGAAUAAAAACAUGAAGGAUUCUUCAUAAUAAA